AUGGAGAAGGUACUAGAGCCCAAGUGCAUGGAAACUGGCAUUCACUGGGGUAGUCCUGAGCCUUCGCCUAUGGGACUGGGACUGAGCCCUGGGUUUAUGAGGACUGGCCUGGAGUCUGUGUCUGAUAAGAUGAUCCUGGAGCCUCAAUCUGCUUGGGCUGGACUAAAUGCCAGGGUCUACUUAUGUGAGUCAACUUUGAGUCUACUGGAACAGGCCUGCACCCUGAGUCUACUAGAGUCUUGGAGGCACGGGGACAUAGCUGUAGCUGGGGUUUAUGAGCUCCAAACUGGAAUCUGGGACUGUAGGAGUCAAACCAGACAAGAAGUGAACAUCAGAACAUGUGCUAAUCCCAUUCCAAUCAGUGAUACUAGUGGAAAAUCAUGGUAUCAAGAACACUUUGCUUGGACAUUUCCCAAACCAUCCAUGCCAAGUAGAAAAGAGAGAUCAAGACCUUCAGAAUUACAAAUCACAGUCCCUAGACAAGACCAAAGAAAACUAGAGGAAGGUCAGAAGCCAGCUCAUAUAUGGAUAAGGCAUUCUUUCAGAAAAAUUUUUCAAAGGCCAUCCAUUUACUUAGCUAUCAGGAUACAGGCUCCAUUCAGACAUCAUUAUACUCCCAAAACCCGUGACAUAAAGGCAGAAACUAAAAAGUCAAAAGAUGAUAGAAAAAGACCACCUUUAGAGAAUAAUUUCAAGAAAGAAACAGGCCCAUAUGUAGCAAAUCCAGAAUCCAAGAAAAUAAUAAAAGAUGAUAAGCCUAAAAGAAUAAAUAAAGGAAAUGAAAUUCCAUCAAACUCCUCAUUUGAAAGCGAAAUAUUUAAGAAGUCAAAAUCCAAAUCAGAAAUAAAUUCAGAAUUCAAAUAUUCUAAAGUAGCCUCUAAAACAGAUUCAAAACAAGAUACAGAAAAUUCAAAGAAUUCCAAGGAGAGAGAUACUGAAUCCACAUGCACAACAAACAAUCCAAAAAACGAUUCUAAGGCAAUCUCAAAGAAAAAUUCUGAUGGCAAAUCAGAGACAUGCUCGAUAAAUAUUUCAAAUGUAGAUUUAAUUAUGUAUUUAGAGGAGCUUGGUGAUAAAUCCAUGGAUGUUGAUUCAUGGUCAAAGAAUUAUUCAUGGAACAAUUCAAAGAAAGAUGCAAAGAAAGAUGCAAAGAAGGAUGCAAAGAAGGAUGCAAAAAAGAAGGAUGCAAAAAAAGGCUCUGAUCCAGAAUCUGAAGAGUCCAAAGAUGCAAAGAAAGAUGACAAGAAGAAGGAUAAGAAAGGGGGAAAGAAAGAUGACAAGAAGAAGGAUUCAAAGAAGGACACAGAGUCUACAGAUGCUGAAUCUGAGGAAUCAAAAGAUGCAAAGAAAGAUUCAAAGAAGAAGGAUAAGAAAGGGGGAAAGAAAGAUGACAAAAAGAAAAAGGAUACAGAGUCUACUGAUGCUGAAUCUGAAGAGUCAAAAGAUACGAAGAAAGAUGAUAAGAAGGAUAAGAAAGGGGGAAAGAAAGAUGACAAGAAGAAGGAUGCAAAAAAAGAUGCAGCCUCUACUGAUGAUUCUGAAUCUGAAGGUGAAUCAAAGAAGGGUAAGAAAGAUGAAAAGAAGGACAAGAAAGAUGCCAAAAAGAAGAAGGAUGCAGGAUCUACUGAUGCUGAUUCUGAAUCUGAAGGGGAUACAAAAAAAGGUAAAAAAGAUGAAAAGAAGGGCAAGAAAGGUAAAGGAAAGGAUGCAAAGAAGGCUGCAGAGUCUACUGAAAGUGAAUCUGAUAUGGAGUUAAAAGAUGGUAAGAAAGCGUCAAAGAAGGGAAAGAAAGGUUCAAAGAAAGAUUCAAAGAAGGAUGCAAAGAAGGAUGUAGAGUCUACUACUGACUCUGAUAAAUCACUAAGUAGAUAUGACUCUAAAAAGAUAACUGAGGAAUCAGAUGCCACAUCCACAGAUUCGAGGAAGACAUCAAUAGAAAUGAAGAGAGGGGGACUCAGGAUGUCAUCAAAAAAGACUACUUUCAAAGACAAAGAGAAAAAAUCAAGUACAGGUAGAGUUCCUCCAUCAAGAGAAAGACCACCACUGCCUCCUUGUGAGCCUUUUUUACCAUCACCUAAGGUAAAACGUCUCUGUCGGUGCAAGAUUCCUCCUCCACCUCCAAAACCAAGAUAUGCUCCUUUGCCUGAAGCAGAGUGGAUUCGUAAGCUGCUUUAA